CUCCUAAUCCCGGGCACAUCUCCAACGGUCCAAUACAGGCAGAGAAAGAAAAACUUACGGGUUGAAACGCAUUCGAUUUUUUUUUCUCUUUACCUAUAAACGAUCCCACCAAGUCUAUGUAAAACAGCUGAGACAUGUCUUUUCAGCUGACUGAGACUUGCAGGCAUUCGUUUUAUUUCAUACAACGGCGAUGGUUCUUGAGAACCUUGCGUGCAUUAUCCACCACGGCCGUUGCGUCAAAUACCAGUCUUCUCCUUAAAAGCAGUGCACCAACCUACGUGGAAGCAGAAAAACCCGUUUCCGCCGAGUCCAAUACACAACGUCCGUUAACAACGCAGCAUGUAGAAGAAUUGUUAUCGUUUUACAAAGGACGAGCCAGCGCUCAUCGUCAAUCGAAAUACUGGUCAAAGAUAAUUCAAGUUUAUACGGAUGCCCAAAACCUACAUAUUCCACCUACUCGAUCUACCAUGUUGACCGCUAUGGCCGCAUUUGGUCGAUCCGGCCGAUUCGACGAUGCCGCUAAACUUUAUUCUGACCUAAACCUCGCUGGCGAUUCCAAAGAUCUUUUACUCCAUCAAACGUUCCUCGAUGCAUGUCUGCAUUGCGGGCGCAUAGAAGCCGCCGGCAAGGUUUUGCAACUUAUUCAACGCGCGGACGAUCAAGAAACGGUUGUGCAGAGUACAUGGCGUUUUAUCGAUGUGUGUAUAAAGAAGAACAGUAUGCGACGUGCCAUUGAGGCUGCCAAGGAUUUGAAACACCAUGUUGCAAACCUCGAUCCAUCCAAUCUGGAGAAAACGUGUGAAUUACUAUGGCACGGGUAUGCGAAAUUGGCAGUACGGCAUCAUGGUGUGGGAUUGGAUACGAAGCCAUACACGGUACAAGCAUUUCUUACCGAGUUUGCCGGCAAACAGCAAAGUGCGUUGGCCUGUAUGAAAGAAUAUCCGAUCGAAGCAUGGCCACAACCUCCGUUGGUCAAAGAGGCACUGCACAUGGAACAUAUUUUGAACCAAGGUCGAUACAGAGCAUGCGUCACUAGAUACCAAGCCUUGAUAACAGGUGAUCUUCAAGCCACAGCUGAAAAGGAUACACGUAUCGCGACCCUUGCAGCCGUUGCAUCAUGUGCCACCGGCAAUUGGACAAAAUGCGAAUCAAUACUGUCAAAAUUCAAAAUCGACGUUUCCUCGAGCACGCUGCAACGUGUGAUGGAUGGUCUGGUUGACGCGGCGUCCGGUACUCCGCCAAUUACGGGAGCUAUUUUAUUACGAUCACUGCAGACCAUGGAACGCGUUUGGGGCGUACGAGCCAGUUCAAAGACCAUUGUGCACCUGCUACGAUUUAUCGGAAAUCGUGGUGAAAUUCAGGAUGCUUACAAACUAUACCGUUGGGUGCGAGAGGACGCAAAGAGGCACUCAUCCUCGGCACCAGUCACCACCAGCAGUCGUGCGGUAGAUCCGGCGAUAUCCUUGUCCUUACUGAAAGCUGCACUCGCCAAUGGCCAGAUGCUAAUAGCAGAACGGGCAUUCCGUGAUUUAUUAUACCAUACAUCCGCCGACGGCGUCAGGCCUCCCCGACUGUGGUUAUCCAACAUGAUGAUGAAUGGCUACGCUGUCCAGUACCCUACACCUAAUCUACCCCGAGUCAAACGAACGUACCAACGGAUUCUCCAGGCUGGCGAUGAUCCUGAUCGAGUGACAUUCAACACCCUGAUCAAAACCUUCAUCCGAUGUGACAAUUACUCAGCCGCACAAAAGACGUUUGACAUGAUGCUGGAAUCAGGCAUUACACCGGAUAACUGGACAGUGAACACCAUCAUUCAAGGCUGGGUUGCGAAACAAAACUGGCAGCAAAUUGAACGAUUCAUGUUAAAGAUCCGCGAUUGUGAUGCGACUUUGGAGCUUGAUACAGUAACAUUCAAUCUACUAGUGCAAGGAUUUCUUCGACUGAAUCCGAACGAUGCCCAUGCAACACAGCACUUGGCACGAAGAAAGCAAUGGAAAGAGCUGCGGCAACUAGAAAAACAGCGGCACCAGGACGUCUAUAAAAUCAAAAGCGAGGUCAUAUGGACUAUUCUAGCGGAUGCUACGGGAUUGACGCAAGACGAUAUCCACAAUGCGGUGCAGAAUUCCACCCAUGCAGAUGGACAAGAAUGCCAACGACAACCACAUACCCAGCACAACACAUCAAAGCAUAAACCGUUUAUUACCUAUUUUAAAGGAGCGGCACCCGAUGCGGCAACUUACAAACUUUUCAUGAAAGCAUUUAACAAGGCAGGUGACCCUGUGGCAGCCUCCAAACUCCAUCAUUGGUUCAUGCGUUGUCAUUCUUAAAACAUAUGUUCAUAGCAGUAAAUGUUUUCUUUGUAUAUAUUUUUUACCCAUUUAAUACGCUGGAUUGUCAUUGGUUUUUUUUUUUUUUCAUAAAAUAUCGGAUGGGGGAACAUGUAAGAGUUUAAUGUGGG